AUGCCUAGAGGAAAGAAGAGUAAGGCCCGUGCUCGAGAGAAACGUCGCCAGGUCCAUGAUGAGGCCCAGGGGCUAAAUGAUGCUCAGGCAAAGGCAUCAGAGAAAGAAGAGUCACAUGCCUGCUCUGAUCAAGCUUCAGGAGAUGCUAAGUGUCCUACUUCUGGCUUUCCACUGGGUAAGGCACCCACCAUUACUGCUAGUAAAGGCUUGGCCCACAAAAAGUCUGGUAAAGGUGCAAAGGGCCAAGAAGAGAAAAACGAGAGUUCUUGUAGGGCCCCACUCUCCACUGGAAGCAUGCAGAUGGAUCUUUUAUCAAGGAAGACAGGAAUGCUGGUGGAGUACAUGCUCUGCAAGUACAAAGUUAAACAGCCUGCGAAGAGGGGAGAAAUGCUCAAAGUUAUCAACAAAAGGUUCAAGGAUCAGUUCCCUGAGAUCCUCAAGAAAGCCACAUAUCGUUUGGAUAUGGUUUUUGGCAUUGAGUUGAAAGAAAUCCAGCCCAAUGGUCAAUCCUACAUGCUUAUCAGCAAGCUUGAUUUCCAGGAUGAUGGAAGUCGGAGCAAUGAGCUGGGUCUUCCCAACAGGGGCAUUCUGAUCCCUCUUCUAAGUGUGAUCUACUUAAAUAACUACUGUGCUUCAGAGGAGGAGAUCUGGCACUUCCUGAAUAUGUUAGGAAUCUAUGAUGGGGUCCCACAUCUCAUCUUUGGGGAUGUCAGGAAGCUCAUCACUGAAGAGCUAGUGCAGGAAAAGUACCUGGAAUACCGUCAAGUUCCUGGUGGGGAUCCUCCAUCCUAUCAGUUCCUGUGGGGUCCAAGAGCCUAUGCUGAAACCAGCAAGAUGAAAGUGAUGGACUUUUUAGCUAAGGUCAGUGAAACCAUGCCGAGUGCUUACUCAUCUCUUUAUGAGCAGGCUUUGGUUGAAGAGGAAGAGAAAGCCAAAGACGAAGCUGCAGCCAGGCCUGGCACUAAGGGCAAGGCCAAGGGACAUACUAAGAUCAAGUUAAGCCAUCCUACUCACAAGUGA